AUCAGCAAGACAUUCACAUUUCAACAACUCACAACAAAGUCACUCUACCAAAUAACGACGAAGAAUAAACCAGUCAACAUGCAGUCUACCACAGUCCUCGUCAACUUCCACAACGACUGCCCCAAGUGCGGCGCUAGCAUCAGCGACGCUACUAAGACUUGUGGGUCGUGCGGCAGCUCCUGCCCCGUCUAAGUCUGUCAUGCGACAGCGUUAUGCAUGGGAUGGCGUAGUUGGCGAGGCUGAGUAGUUGAGAUACCAAGGCAUUUGUACGGAGUUGACACAGGGAGUUGAAGUCUCAGGAUAGUCUGAGGGAGUAGGCGUUUAGUGAGUGAGAUGAAUCCAAAGGAUGAUUUGACAUUGCGAUG